GUUUCGGCCCCAAACCCUAAACAGAAAAAUUCCUAGCUGAAUUUGUGUUCGAUCUCUUAAAGUUAAACCCAUCGCCCGUCCUCUUCUUCUCGAUCAUCCGCUGUCGAGGAUCUCCAGGAAUCUAUCUCUCUUUGUGGGUUGAGUUUGGGAAAGACUUGACUAAUACCAAAUGAAGCACAUUUUCAAGAUUAUUUCAUUGCUAGUGGCUAUUUCUGCCGUCUGGAUUGGCCUUUUAGCAUCUUCGGUUGUUCCACAAAGCUAUGCUUUGUUGCUCCCUAUUUAUCUAGUUGUUGCGCUAGGAUGUUAUGGUCUUCUAAUGGUUGGAGUCGGUUUGAUGUGCUUCCCUACGUGUCCUCAAGAAGCCGAUCUUCUUCAAAAGGAUAUCGCAGAGGCCAAGGAUUUCUUGAGGAGCAAAGGUGUUGACGUGAGCUCAUAUUGAAGAAGAUAUCCUCAUGACCUGAUUUAGGGAAGCAUACAUCUGAUAUUUCAAAGCUGAGAGUUAUUUACUGAGCUUUUAACACAGUUCAAAACCUGUAUACGCAAUUCAUAGGACAAGAGUCUCAAAAUUCCAAAAUUUCUCCUAAUGCUUCCAUUUGUCAAUUCCAUCAUGUUCUAUUUGAGGUUUAUGGAAUGA